CAUAUGACCUGCAUAUAACCAACAAUGCGAUCAGUUAUCAUGCUCAAGAAGGCCAAUUCAGCUGAUUCCUGGGUACUUCCCUGGUACAUGAAAAAGCGCAAACGGUCCAUUGUUAUCGUAGAAUCCCAAGAACAAGAUAAAUAUGACAAGGCUGUGAGCUUCAUCCUAUGUUUCGCUUCCGUACUCUUAUUAGCUGCUGGAAUAACGCUCAUCUCCCUCUCCAUUUGGUCGUUGGUGAAGAAAAUUCCCUACCAAUAUCUCCUGGAUAUCAAGGUGGAUACAGCGUACUUCAUGUUACCAGCAGGAUUAUUGUUGCUGCCAGGCUUCUGGGUAGCUGCUUCGAUUCACAAUAAUUCUCCACAGUACAAGUUUUUGCAUUUGCUGGUCGUUCUUCUCUUAGCUUCUUCGUCUCUACUCAUAAUCGGCUCCUACUUUGGAAUCAUGUACACUGGCGGAGCAAAUGUCACCCUAACGUCAUCUUUGGAAAACCAAGAAUUGAGAGAAGUGCUGACAGUAACCCUAUACGAAUAUAAAAGAAAAAGCCUCUACAAGUAUGCCUGGGAUACAAUUCAGUACAAAAUGGAAUGUUGUGGAAUAGACAACAGUACGGAUUGGGAUAUUAUACCAGAUUCUUGUUGUUUGAACUACGAUUGUAACACCAACAUCACCUAUGGCGACGGUUGCCUGGAUACAUUGAGCAGAGAUUUGGUAUGGCACAAGAAUUUCUUAGUGUCGCAUUGUUAUAUGUUUUCUGUCGUUCAACUGGCUGUCUUGAUAAUUGCUUGUUCUGUGUAUAUUUGCCAUAGGAAAAAAUAAAGUAACGAUCAGCUGCA